AUGGAAGGCAGUCGUGUAUCGCCUUCUGGCGGGACAAGCGUUUCCAUGAAUGCAUCUGAAGCAUACUCCGGCGCGCCGGCCGACGGGCGGCGACGAAGGGGCAUUCCAGAGGGGUUGUGCGUCGCGGUUGCUGGGCGAAGCACUGACACGCCCGUGUGGACUGAGUUCCUAAAUGUUUCAAUUCCUGCCGACCUGGGUCACCCCUCAGCAGCCGAGCCGCACGACGACGGGGAUGCAGAACGCUAUUCUCCCCGAGUCCAGCAACACGGGCAGUCCUCCGAGGUCCAUGAGAGUUCUGCAACUGUGGCAAAUUGUUCUGACAAGUUGGCGCGUACAUCGGGGCCUUCUGAAGGCAGGAGCUGCUCCGCAGAAAACGAAACAGAUGGCGCCGACGUCCGACACGCCCCAGCAUGCCCUUCGGAAAAACCAACGAAUCGAGGCCCGCAGGAGCGGGUAUACCAAGUACCUGCUUCCGCGUGCGUCUCGACUGUGGCUCCAGCCCGGGUGGCGAGUUUCAAUGAAAGCACCAGAAGUGGGAAAAGUGUCGGGGGGACGGGGAGAGGUAGAAUGUCCCUAGGCGCUGUCGGCCGUCAGUUGCUUCUCGACAGGAUUCGAGCGAGGUACCACACGAAUCCUGUGUACUACAGUACACUGUUACGGGAUAAAUACAGCAGCACCAUAUCGAAGCUCCCGUUUUUCACGGUUAGCCUUCUGCACCAGUUGGCCGCCGACUUCGGAAUAGACUCGGGUGCGCUUCUGAACUACAACGCCGAAAGUGUGUUUGGCUUCGGAGGAAGCGCAAGGGCCGCCUGCGGCAGAACCCGGGGAGUGACGCGCACAGCGAGGCGGGUGCCCCUUCCUGCUGAGGCGGGCAGUCUGAGGGCAGCAGAGGCCGUGGAGUUCCCCGAGGCGAUCCGAUCCUUGCGCAGGAGCUCCAUCCGAAUGAAUCGUAAGGGAGCAGGGAAAUCAGUUCAUGUCCAGGGCAUUUCCCAGGGAAAUAGUUUUGUUUGUCGCGGCGCGCACGCUGAGCAUGCUCCCCGUACAAAUGCCCAGUUUAGGGGGGCUGCUGCACGCUCCCCUUCCGCACUAUGCGGGCCCAUGCGCAACGGAGCUCCCGACGAGAAUCCGCCUUUCGGAGAGCCCGUAACGAAGGCCGACGCCCUGGGCUGCAGGGCGCCCAGUCCCGAUAAAGUGGGCACUUCACCCUGGCCUUCCCCAUCCAGCGGCACAAACAAGCGGCACACCUCCGUGUCUCACAGCGUCAUCCACUCGUCCUGCAAAUCCGCAACAGCAGCCCAGGUCGGUCAGCGUACGGCCGCAUCGGCCGGCGCCUGCUUCGAUGAGCUCGAACAGAAUCCGUCCGCCGGGGGACAAAUAUCAGAAGUUCUCCCCCCAAAAAGUUUUCCGCCAGCCGACAGCUGUGCUGUAGAGCAACAGCCCCCGCCUGUGGGCCAGGUGCGACGUUCUGGAUCUGCAGGGUCGCGGGCCCCCGCAAGCGAUAGCGGCGCAGUGGAGAAGAAAGCCCCGUAUUCCCCCGGAACGGGCUCGACGGAAAGUGUGUCCAGCAGCCCUGCGAAGUCGCAUGCGGACUGCGCUGCCGGCGAAGAUGCUGAUGCGGCCCUGAGCACGGCUGAAGCGUUGGUGGCGGCUGUGGAGCAGCUUCAGGCCGCCGCAGGCUGCGUGGUCACUGGCGUGGAAGCCGACGACGAUCUCACGGGUCUUCUGGCUCUGGGCGCGAGGGAGACCACCAUCAGGGACGUACAGGCAUUCUCUCGCGCAGUUUUGGAGCAGCGUGUCAAGGACGAGCCCAGCUGUGCGUCGCCUGCGUCAGGAGUGGUCAAGGGGGUCGAUGGGGUCUGCCACGGUACUGCGGCUGAUGGCGUCGAAAGAAGCUGUCCGCCCGUGGCCUCUUCGUCCGGACACAGCCGCUCUCUGAAGCGCUUUGCACGAUGCGAUAUGGAGGCGAUCGAGGCCCUUCUUGCGGAGGCUCGCAAAACCACUGCUGAAGGAGGCGUGAGUGUGGAAGAUUUGAAGUCGCAGUUGCUCCUAGCUCGCCUGUCACAAUAUGCGCCAGAAACGUCCACUAGGACGAGGAACGGUCUGCAGGCGACUACUUCUGAAAGCACAGCGUUUACUUCCUCGCCUACAUCGCCGACAUCAGUUGCGGCCGAACUCGCCGCAACUUCGGAGCUGUGGGCGUCCUCUUCGCCAGGAAGUCCUCUGUUGAGGAAACGGCAGAGUGGCGCAUUACUGCCGGCGACCGAUCUUCGAGCCGACUCGUCGCCCGCUGCAGGGAACGUCACGAAAGGCGGCGACGCAGGAUCCACAGACGGCAGCGCAGCGUUCCAGUGGGGCGAAGGGACUCUGACGACUGGGAGAAGUAUGUCACAGGAGCCCACAAGUGGAGAACACAAACUGCUGGCUGCACUGUCUCAGCAUGCCGCUGCAGCAAACUUCACGAAGCUGCCCUUGUUUGCAUUGUCCUCGAUCCUAGCCGCCGCAGCAACCGGUGCCCGGGGCGGGCGAGAGGACGGUGAACAACGGAGACCCCGUGACGACUUCGCAGAAGGUGGGAGAAGCGGGAUCUUGAGUGCAUCGAGUCGGGCUACCUCCGUUUCUCAGCCGGCAUCAGGCGGAGGGGGUGGCGCCUCAGAUGGGCUUGGCGCCGCGCGGCACGAGGACCAUGGUGAUGCGAGAGUGGCAGAUGUGUUCCCAGUUCCGAUUGUCGAUAUGGGCGAGAUUGAAAGCUUCCUGCGGACGCAGCGGCUGCGCAGAUCUCGGGAAGGGCACGACGUGGGCGAUGAUGAGAAUGUGGGUGUUUUUAGCGUCGGGGGUUGGAGUGAUGACUUCAGUCCCUCAGAUGACCCUACGGCCCGCAGGUGGGGCCCGGUGGCCAAGAUGAGACGGGUCGUAGAGAGCGGUGCGGCUCCGGCCGGAAGCGAAGAACUCUAUAAUCUUCAGAAGUUUCUGCAUUCUCAACCGAGAGAUGCGCAGAGGCAACAUGAACGUGAUGGGACGCGUGCGAGCCGCGCAGCCGGAGGACGCCUUUGGAGUCACCGUGAAAGACCUAAGGAAGACAGUCACCGCGCGCAAACGAGAGCUCGUGUGACAGAGCCGGGCGACGGGGAUUCUAGAGUUAUUGGGUCUCCCCUAACGUCACACCAGUGGUGGCAUGAAACAACGGAUUGCCCUGAGGGAAGGUUUGCCGACGCAGUCGUGCCUUCGUCUGCUGGUUCCCAGCGGGUUGGCAGGUUCUUUUUCGAGGCUUGUGUGCGGUCGGGUUCCAGCGAUAUCGGUUCGGGACGCCCCCAGCGAGUUGAGCAUUUGGCGGAAAGCACCGAGAUCCUGUUGCAAGCAAGCAGAAGGCAGGGUGGGGAGGCCCGCCGGUCAGAUCUGGCGAAUACAAGGCUGCUUUCAAAAGAUAAUCGUGUCGUCGCAGGCCAUGGCCAGAUGCUUCCCAAGUCUCAGCGCGUUGGCAGCGAAAGUUCACCUUGUGGAAAGGCGUCUGGGAACAGUGAUCUCGCCAUCUCUCACUGUGUCGGUGCGGACGAUGGUGCCAGGUGCUGCGCGGAGCCAAACGACUCGCUCUCAAUGUUUCUUCCGAGAACUUACGGCGAAUGUACACCGAACAACGACACAAAGAGCGACGCCGAUCAACUAACUAACAAAACUGAUUCUUCGGGAGGGAGCAGUAAAUACGUGAGAUUGGAUCAGGAUUCGAACGAGGAAACAAGUGCUGGAUCACCAGUGCUGGAAAACGCCGGAGGCAACAACGACGAUGAUGGCGUUCGUGACUCUGCUCGGGACAGCCCGAGCGGAGAAAGCACCGAAGCGGAGGUGGUGAAGGGCAGUGACGAUACUCGGCUGCUAUGUGGGGCCCAGACCUGCCAAACAGACGUGACUACUUGUUGA